AACAACCAAACGCAUUUAGGGCUUGUAGUUUGUUAUGGGAAUCUUUAAGGUUUAAAAUACACAUGAAGGACUACAAAUCCCAUAUUACAAAAGAUCGUCGUUGCAGCAAUCGUUUAAUGACGGGAAAAAAAUUCAUCGAUGCAUCUGUAAAGGUUGUUAAAUUCCGCGAUAGAGACACAGUUAGUGAAUGAACACUUAAAUCUUUCAGUGGGGAUCUAGAUUUAAAAAAAUAUGGAAGUAAUUGAGGCGAUAGUGAUACAAAAUGUAAAUGCGGACGGAAAGGAGUCGGCUGCGUCCAGCAGCGAGAGGAUAAAAGCAGAAUUCAUCUGGACUCUGCAAGCCACAUGGCACCUGGUCAACACCCGGCUGGAAAUGGAUCAGGCGUUUGACCACCCAGUGUGCAAGAAGAAGAAGCUGUGGGAAGUGGUAGCAGAGAAGGUAAACGCCAAGCUGAAGGGUUCAGGGGUCACGGACAUCACUGUUAAGGCCUACGAAUGCGACCUGAAGUGGAGAAACAUGCUGGCCACCUACAGGAAGAACACAGACCGGGCCCGGCGAUUGGGCGUGGCCAGCGUCCACUGGGAGUUCUUCAAAGCCAUGCAUGAGGUUCUGGGUAAGAGCCGGGAGGAGAUCGAAGCCCAGCGCCAGGCCAAGCUCAGCGGAACCAGAGUGGGAAAGGCCAUCGCCAGCAAGAGGUUCACGCCGAUCCUCCCCACGCCGCCCGCAGCAGCCGCUGCCGCCACCAACCGGCCCCCGCAGGACGUCCUGCAGCUCUACAUGGAGCUGCAGGAGAGGAAGCUGAACAUGUGGGCACAGCAGAAAGCGCUGGAGGAGAGGAAGAUCGAGGCCAUCAACAACCUGGCCCAGGCUAUCUCCAGCCUGGCUCAGACCAACACAUCAAAGGACUGACAGUAGUUCAUGACACAUCAGAGGAAAACCUCACUUUUCUUGUGUUACUGUAGCAAACUGACAAUAUAAAACUCUAAGCUUUUGUUUAUGGUGCAAAACCGACUGUACAUGCAAUAUCAUAGCUCCUGCAACUGCUUGAUAAUGCAGCUGUUAGUUGUACGUUUUCUUUUCUACAUGUCCCAAAGUUAUUUAUUUUUCUACUUAAAUGAGUUACAUUUGGUGUCUGAAUAUGAAAGAACACAAAAGAGCCACUAAAGAAAAGGUGAACAUGAUUUUUAUACAUAAUCAGAAUUAUUCCUGUAACACCUGUCAUGUUAAAAUGUAAUGUUUAUAGAGCUGCUACUAUUUACAGAAGUAAAUAUUAUUAUAAACGUGUCUGCAUUAUUAUCAGAGGUGGGUGCCAAAAAUGUAAAGUAGCACUACUUUAACUUAUUAUUACUCAUAAAAAAAGAAAGGGAGAAAAAAUAAAUAUUUAUAGUUGUCCAAGAAAUUACUCAAAUAACAGUAAGAAAAUGUUUGAUAAAACAGCGAUUCAAAUACAUAAUGUAGUUUUUAAAAAUUACAUAAUCAGAUGGACCAGAAUACAAAGCUAUGAGGAAAUAUUGGUAUUUUAACGAGCAAAAUAAAAAUAAUAUAAGAUAAUGAAUCCAUGCAAAAAUAAAUAAUUUUCCAAAUCGAUUUCUUGCAGUACAAAAUAAAGCUUUAACAAAAGCUGUUAAUAUUCUGUUGUCCAACACACAGAAUAGUUGGACAACUGAAAUAAAAGCCACUUUUUAGAA